AUGGGGAUUGUUUCCCCGAUGAGGGUUUAUAUUGGGGAUGGAGUAGAGCUGGACCAGAAUUCCGCCUUUCGAGCAGUCAGGAGUUACUUUCAAAGAGAGGAUAUCCAAAAGUUUUGUCCAGCUCAUGAGCUUAACAUUACAGACUAUGAGAAGGAGAAUUUUGAGCUCCAUCGAGACAUACUGCACGCAGUGUUUAUACCCUUACGGCGACUCCUGCACCAAGCUGCAAAAGUUGCAUCCCUUGCGCUCCCAGACUACCUAGGGGCGGAUCUUGAACUGGCGUUUCGUGGGGAGGGACGCAAUGCAUUUGUAUGGCUCAGCUCUAUCAUCACCGAGGAGCCGAACUGGUGUACGACAAAGGGCUGUCCGGCCUGCACCGUCCUUCACAUAUUCCACUCUGAGCCCCUGAUCCGCAUCGUCGCGGUUGGCUGUCGAGUCUCCAACUACCUAUCCCUCGUCAGGCUUGUGAGUCCCCGUCACCAGCUACCAAAUUUCCAUUUCUGGCUGACGGCGCUUGCGAGUGCUGUUAUCGAAGAUGACUUCUGGGGCAUUGAGCAUUGGCUUGAUAUUGACCAUCGAGCUGUCUAUAUGGACCUGAGCACGCGCGAGCUCAUACGCCAGUGUCUGGAGAUACGGGACGCAGACUGUACUAUCCCGCAUAGGCCGUUGCACUAUGAUGCCGGUUUUACAAGCGACGGGCGGCCUCGAGUUGAUCUUGGAACCACUCCUCCGACCCUUUACACGCCGGUGAGGAAGAUUGAUAGCGCGAAAUGGGAAGAGCUUGUUCGGAUGGCACGAGGGAAGCAUUCGUGCUCCCGCUUGCUGUCGCGCCAUGAAGGACAGAGAUACUCCCGGCGAAUGCACAACAGAAACACCGCCAUCACGCCGUAG